AGGGGCCCCGGCGGGCGGCGCGGUGUGGAAUGCGAUUAUGGCUGGCACGGCGGAGGCGAGCGGGGAGCGGAGCCGGCUGACCGGAGCGGCCGUGCUCACGAUACCCUGAAUGCGGAGCGCAGUGGAAGCAGAGGAGACUGUGUCCCGUUAGCUCCUGCCUCCCUUUCCCCUUAAUUUGGGUUUGUUUCUAUUUAUUUUGUGGCUGGGUUUGGGCAUGGCCUCGGCUGGAUGCGAGGCUGCUGCGAUGCGGCUCCUUUGGCUCAAGCACCACUUGUCCAUCCACGUUUGGACCUUGCUGCUCUUGGGGAGCACCUGGCUACCGCUGGCGGAAGGCAGCCCCAAGUCUCCCUUUAGGACUUUCCCGGUUUCAGACUGGAGCUUGACGCACUUGGUGGUCCACAACAAAACCGGGGAGGUCUACGUGGGGGCUGUCAAUCGGAUCUACAAGCUCUCCAACAACCUCACGCUCCUGCGGACACACGUGACGGGCCCCGUGGAGGACAAUGAGAAGUGUUACCCUCCGCCCAGCGUCCAAUCCUGCCCGCACGGGCUGGUCACCACCAACAACGUGAACAAGCUGCUGCUGGUGGACUACUCGGGGAACCGGCUCAUUGCCUGCGGCAGCGCAUCCCAAGGGAUCUGCCAGUUCCUGCGGCUCGAUGACCUCUUCAAGCUGGGUGAGCCCCACCACCGCAAGGAGCACUACCUCUCCAGUGUGAACGAGUCGGGCACCAUGUCUGGGGUCAUCAUCGAGGUGCUGAACGGGCAGAACAAGCUCUUCAUUGGGACGCCCAUUGAUGGGAAGUCGGAGUACUUCCCCACCCUGUCCAGCCGCAAGCUGAUGGCCAACGAGGAGAACGCAGAGAUGUUCGGCUUUGUCUACCAGGAUGAGUUUGUGUCCUCGCAGCUCAAGAUCCCCUCGGAUACGCUCUCCAAGUUCCCCACCUUCGACAUCUACUACAUCUACAGCUUCAGCAGCGAGCAGUUUGUGUACUACCUGACCCUGCAGCUGGACACCCAGCUCACCUCACCCGACUCCACUGGGGAGCAGUUCUUCACCUCCAAGAUUGUCCGGCUCUGCGUGGAUGACCCCAAGUUCUACUCCUACGUGGAGUUCCCCAUCGGCUGCGUGCAGGACGGCAUCGAGUACCGCCUCAUCCAGGAUGCCUACCUGACCAAGCCUGGCAAGGCUUUGGCCAAGUACCUGGGCAUCUCGGAGAGGGAGGAUAUCCUCUUCACCAUCUUCUCCCAGGGCCAGAAAAACAGGGUUAAGCCUCCCAAGGAGUCUGUGCUCUGCCUCUUCACGUUGAAGAAGAUCAAGGAUAAGAUCAAGGAGCGUAUCCAGUCCUGCUACAGAGGGGAAGGGAAGCUCUCGCUGCCCUGGCUCUUGAAUAAGGAGCUGGGCUGCAUCAACUCGCCACUGCAGAUCGACGACAACUUCUGUGGGCAGGAUUUUAACCAGCCCCUGGGGGGGACCGUCACCAUCGAGGGGACCCCGCUCUUCGUGGACAAGGAGGAUGGGAUGACCUCGGUGGCUGCCUAUGACUACAGGGGCCAGACCGUGGUGUUCGCAGGCACACGGAGUGGGAAGAUCAAGAAGAUCCUGGUGGACCUGACAGCCGAGAGGAAGCACCAAGUGCUGCAGUACGAGAAUGUCGUGGCCCACGAGGGCAGCUCCAUCCUGCGGGACCUGGUGCUGAGCCCCGACCGCCAGCACAUCUAUGCCAUGACCGAGAAGCAGGUGACGCGGGUGCCGGUGGAGAGCUGUGAGCAGUACGAGAGCUGUGAGCUGUGCCUGGGCUCCCGGGACCCCCAUUGCGGCUGGUGUGUCCUCCACAACAUAUGCUCACGUAAGGACCGGUGCGAGCGGGCGGAUGAGCCGCAGCGCUUUGCCUCCGACCUGCAGCAGUGUGUCCAGCUCUCCGUGCAGCCCAAGAACAUCUCCGUCACCAUGUCCGAGGUCCCGCUGGUCCUGCAGGCCUGGAAUGUCCCAGACCUCUCGGCAGGAGUCAACUGCUCCUUUGAGGACUUCACCGAGUCCGAGAGCCGCAUUGAAGAUGGGAAGAUCUACUGCAGCUCUCCCUCUGCCAAGGACGUCAUCCCCAUCACCAGAGGCCGUGGGGACAAGCGGGUGGUGAAGCUCUACCUGAAAUCAAAGGAGACAGGGAAGAAGUUUGCCUCGGUGGAUUUUGUCUUCUACAACUGCAGCGUCCAUCAGUCUUGCCUGUCCUGUGUGAACGGCUCCUUCCCCUGCCACUGGUGCAAGUACCGCCACAUCUGCACCCACAACGCUGCCGACUGCUCCUUCCUGGAGGGACGUGUCAAGCUCUCCGAGGACUGCCCCCAGAUCCUGCCCUCCACCCAGAUCUACAUCCCCGUUGGGGUGGUGAAACCCAUCACCCUGACAGCCAAGAACCUGCCACAGCCACAGUCCGGGCAGCGCAACUACGAGUGCAUCUUCCACAUCCCCGGCAGCACCACGCGUGUCACUGCCCUGCGCUUCAACAGCACCAGCAUCCAGUGCCAGAACACCUCGUAUUUCUACGAAGGGAACGACAUCAGUGACCUGCCAGUCAACUUGUCCGUGGUCUGGAAUGGGAACUUCGUCAUCGACAACCCCCAGAACAUCCAGGCCCACCUGUACAAGUGCUCGGCAUUGCGGGAGAGCUGCGGGCUGUGCCUCAAGGCUGACCCCCGCUUCGAGUGCGGCUGGUGCGUGUCGGAGCGGCGCUGCUCCCUGCGCCAGCACUGCCUGGCCUAUGAGAGCAGCUGGAUGCACGCCACCAGCGGCAACAGCCGCUGCACCGACCCCAAGAUCACCAAGCUGUUCCCUGAGACCGGCCCCAGGCAAGGAGGGACCCGUUUGACCAUCACCGGCGAGAACCUGGGCCUCAAGUUUGAAGAUGUUCGCUGGGGCGUUCGGGUGGGCAAAGUGAUGUGCAUCCCCAUCGAGAGCGAGUACAUCAGUGCUGAGCAGAUCGUGUGUGAGAUUGGAGAUGCCAGCCCGAGCAAGGUCCAUGAGGCGCGGGUUGAAGUGUGCAUCCGUGACUGCUCGCCCAGCUACCGAGCCACGUCCCCCAAGAGCUUCACCUUUGUGACGCCCACUUUCUCCCGUGUGAUCCCAGCCCGGGGUCCACUCUCCGGUGGUACCUGGAUUGCCAUCGAAGGCAGCCACCUCAAUGCCGGCAGCAACGUCUCCGUCACCAUCGGCGGACGGCCCUGUGCUUUCUCAUGGAGAAGCGCCCGUGAGAUCCGGUGCAGGACCCCCCCUGGGCACAGCCCCGGCGGCUCUCCCAUCCUCAUCAACAUCAACCGGGCAGAGCUGAGCAACCCCGAGGUGAAGUACAACUACACCGAGGACCCCACCAUCCAGAAGAUCGAUCCCGAGUGGAGCAUCAACAGUGGUGGGACGCUGCUGACUGUGACUGGCACCAACUUGGCCACCAUCAAAGAGCCCAGGAUCCGGGCCAAGUACUGCAGCUCUGAAAGAGAGAACAACUGCACCGUCUACAACGACACGACCAUGGUGUGCUAUGCUCCCUCCAUUGACAACCCUGUGCGGAGCCCUCCGGAGGUGGGCGACCGCCCGGAUGAGAUCGGCUUCAUCAUGGAUAACGUCCAGGCCCUGCUCAUCAUCAACACCACCAACUUCGUCUACUACCCAGACCCUGUCUUCGAGCCGCUCAGCCCCACGGGGAUGCUGGAGCUGAAGCCCAGCUCUCCCCUCAUCCUCAAGGGCAGGAACCUGCUCCCACCAGCAGCCGGUAACUCCCGCCUCAACUACACGGUGCUGAUCGGAGACACCCCCUGCACCCUGACGGUGUCCGAGACCCAGCUCCUCUGCGAGUCCCCCAACCUCACCGGCCAGCACAAAGUCACGAUCAAGGCUGGAGGGUUCGAGUUCUCCCCGGGAACCCUGCAGAUCUACUCGGACAGCCUGCUCACCCUGCCCGCCAUCAUCGGGAUCGGUGGAGGAGGUGGCCUGCUCCUCCUCAUCAUCAUCAUCGUCCUCAUCGCGUACAAGCGCAAAUCCCGGGAUGCUGACCGGACCCUGAAGCGCCUCCAGCUGCAGAUGGACAAUCUGGAGUCCCGGGUGGCCCUGGAAUGCAAAGAAGCCUUUGCUGAGCUGCAGACUGACAUCAACGAGCUGACCAAUGACCUGGAUGGGGCCGGCAUCCCCUUCCUGGAUUACCGCACCUAUGCCAUGCGCGUUCUCUUCCCAGGGAUAGAAGACCACCCUGUGCUGAAGGAGAUGGAGGUCCAGGCUAACGUGGAGAAGUCCCUGACACUCUUUGGGCAGCUCCUGAACAAGAAGCACUUCUUGCUGACCUUCAUCCGCACGCUGGAGGCUCAGCGCAGCUUCUCCAUGCGGGACCGCGGCAACGUGGCCUCGCUCAUCAUGACAGCACUGCAGGGCGAGAUGGAGUACGCCACAGGUGUGCUGAAACAGCUCCUCUCCGACCUCAUUGAGAAGAACCUGGAGAGUAAGAACCACCCCAAGCUGCUACUGAGGAGGACGGAGUCGGUGGCAGAGAAGAUGCUGACCAAUUGGUUCACGUUUCUGCUGUACAAGUUCCUGAAGGAAUGUGCUGGGGAACCUCUCUUCAUGCUCUACUGUGCCAUUAAGCAGCAGAUGGAGAAGGGACCCAUUGAUGCCAUCACAGGAGAGGCUCGCUACUCCCUCAGUGAGGACAAGCUGAUCCGGCAGCAGAUUGACUACAAAAUGCUGACCCUCAACUGCGUGAACCCAGAGAAUGAGAACGCCCCAGAGAUCCCUGUCAAGGUGCUGAACUGCGACACCAUCACGCAGGUGAAGGAGAAGCUGCUGGAUGCUGUCUACAAGGGAGUGCCCUAUUCCCAGCGCCCCAAAGCUGGAGACAUGGACCUGGAGUGGCGGCAGGGCAGGAUGGCCCGGAUCAUCCUGCAGGAUGAGGAUGUCACCACAAAGAUCGACAAUGACUGGAAGAGGCUGAACACCCUGGCCCACUACCAGGUGACGGAUGGCUCCUCGGUGGCCCUGGUGCCCAAGCAGAACUCAGCGUACAACAUCUCCAACUCCUCCACCUUCACCAAGUCCCUCAGCAGAUACGGUGAGCGCGCAGGGGCACCCUCCGCUGUGCUGGCAGGGGAGGCAGCGCCGGGCUGGGCUGGCAGACCAAGGCACAGGGCAGAGAGCAUGCUGCGCACGGCCAGCAGCCCUGACAGCCUGCGCUCCCGGACCCCCAUGAUCACCCCCGACCUGGAGAGUGGCACCAAGCUCUGGCACCUGGUGAAGAACCACGACCACAUGGACCAGCGCGAGGGUGACCGGGGCAGCAAGAUGGUCUCGGAGAUCUACCUGACCCGUCUGUUGGCCACCAAGGGCACCCUGCAGAAGUUCGUGGAUGACCUGUUUGAGACCAUCUUCAGCACAGCACAUCGUGGCAGCGCGCUGCCCCUCGCCAUCAAGUACAUGUUUGAUUUCCUGGAUGAACAAGCUGAUAAGCAUCAGAUCAAUGACUACGAUGUCAGGCACACCUGGAAGAGUAACUGUCUACCUCUACGUUUUUGGGUGAAUGUGAUUAAGAACCCCCAGUUUGUGUUCGACAUUCACAAGAACAGUAUUACUGAUGCCUGCCUAUCCGUGGUGGCUCAGACAUUCAUGGACUCCUGCUCAACUUCUGAGCACAAGCUAGGAAAAGACUCUCCCUCCAACAAACUACUGUAUGCCAAGGACAUCCCCAACUACAAGAGCUGGGUAGAAAGAUAUUAUGCAGAUAUAGCUAAAAUGCCAGCGAUCAGCGACCAGGACAUGAGUGCGUACCUGGCGGAGCAGUCGCGGUUACACCUCAGCCAGUUCAACAGCAUGAGCGCGCUGCACGAGAUCUACUCCUACAUCACCAAGUACAAGGAUGAGAUCCUGGCUGCGCUGGAGAAGGACGAGCAGGCGCGGCGGCAGCGGCUGAGGAGUAAGCUGGAGCAGGCGAUCGACACAAUGGCCUUAAGCAGCUGAGACGGCGGCGGCGCGGAGCCAGCACCGGGGCAGCGGCGGCAGCACGGGACCGACCAGGGCAGCCGUGGCCAGAAGAAGACUUUGGGGCUGGGACCGGCCGGAGCCACGGAGCCGCCGCGUUCUCCGCACGCUUCCCACCACCGAACAAGGAAACCUCCUCGCGCUCCAGCGGAUCAAAUCCCAACCCACAUCCCGACAGCAGAGCGGGGAUAACACCCCCUUGACCCACACGUGAACCACCCCCCAGUCCAAUCGGGAUGCAGCAGGGACCUUGCACAGAGGCGAUGCCAGGGGGAUGAGAAGGGGGUUGCCUGCCCCAUGGACCCGCUGGGCAUCCCUUGCCCAGGCAGAGCCCACAAGGACGGAGGGUCGGGACCGCGGGGCUUGAGGAUGGCUUUGGGAUGUUGUUGUUGCUUUGGUUGGAGGGAGGGGGGUGGGCUCCUGUUUUUACUGUACUUGACUUGCUCUCCCCUCCUUCCUCCUGCUGUCCAACCCCUUUCCUUCUCCUUUUCCUCCCUGGUUUUCUGUCUCUCCCCCCUCUCUCUCUCUCUCUCUCUCUGGCCUUCCGCCACUAGUGUUAACUGCUACAUUUGCACAAUUUACACGAGACAAAAUUUUUAAUUUAAAGAGAAAAUAACAAAAAAACGGGAGGGGAAAAGAAAAAAAAGGAAAAACCCCACCGAUAUUCUACUAAAUUUUUGCAAUGAACUAACAAAUAUGGUUUUAAAAGCCUAAGCUAAAGGAGUGAUGCUGGGGAGGUUUGGGGUGGGCAGGAAAGGGAGGAAUCCCUGAGCUUUGGUAUUUCUAAACUAAGUCCUGUGCCAUGUUUUAUUUGAAUGUUGUUUAGUGUGGAAAAACACAAAAAAUAGGAAAAAAAAGUGGGAAUUUCGUUAGCUGAGUAGAUGCUCUCAUUGAAAUGCUGCUGGAAUGAAUCUGGAGGUCAGGGUCAGAGAGGAAGUGGGAUCCCAAGGUUGGCUUUUACUUUUCCUGCUGGAUCACUAUGGGAUGGUCAAUGUUUUGUUGGGCUCAUCCCUGUUUUCCCUGCCCAUUGGCUGUGGGGAGGUCUUGGAAGUGCUGCCCAUGGGACAGUGCUGAGGUUUGGGGGCUGCUGGGGGGGACAUGCGGAGCCAGCCUAGGGUUUAUGGCAGAUCCCCUGGUGCUGGAGCAGCCUUAACGAAGCCUCUUUAUGUUUUCUUCCUGCCAUCAUCUUCUUGUGCUGAUGCUGGGGAAGGGACCAGAUCCCUGGGGAAAAAGGGGAGGCAGCUCUGUAGUGUCUCCCAUCUGGGAUCCCCAUGGCAAACCCCUCCGGUUGGCCACCCCAGCGAGGGACUGGGAUGCUUGGCUGCAUGGAGCUGUCCACCUGGGAAGCCCACACGUGUGCAGGACUUCCCACCCCAGACUGACCUUUCUUUCUCUGUCUUUUCCUUCCUUCUCCCCCUUUCUCUCCUUGCUGUCACCCCCUCUCCCCUCCACCACCUCCAUCCUGCCGGGGGGUUUGGUGGGAACCCCAUGGUCUCCCUCAGCCGCCCCCUUGGGAAUGUUUGAUCCUCGCAGGUUUGUGCUUUCCAGAGAUGCAAAGGUGCUGAAUGCUGCUCCAGACAGCAGCAGGUGACCAAAAACUUCCCAAAACCACAAGCAAAACCCUUUCCUUUCCUGUACCAAGAGCUCCCAUUGCUGCCCAGCCUAUGGCACAUGGAGCCAGACUCUGCCAGGAGCGAGUGGCUGUCAAAAUCCAAGUGGGAAGAAGCCCAGUUGAUUUCUGUCCGUUCCCUUAAAUCUCAAGUUAAGGGAGGGGGGGGAGAGGGAGAAAUAAUGAAGUUUUUAAUUAAAAAAGGAUAAAAAAUAAAGUGUGUAUAUAUAUAUAUAUGUGGUUACAAUCUAAUUCUCGUGCCCCAGUGGGGUGCUGUAUAGUUACUGAAGGGGAUUGGAACCAGUAUAACUAGGAAAUGAAUUUACACAGCCAGUCUCAAGCAAACAACUCAAGAGAAGAUACCAAAUGGUCUGGAAGACGCUUCCAAGCCUUUCUCACCCCGCAGAACAAGAACACGUCUCUUGUUCCGUUGUGCUUUCCUUCAGUUUGGUUGCGUUUGAAGAAGGAAGGAGCGGAAGAAGAUGCUGAUUCAAAGGGAUGAUGGAAAGAAACCCAACCACCAACACAACCACAACAGCAAGGCUGUGUCUGCAGAAGUGAGAACUGUGUCCCUCCGAUCCCCGAGCUGUGGCUGGAGUCCUGAGAGCUGUGGGCUGUUGCAUGACUGUGCUAGAUUUUAGUCUGAGUUGAUCUUUUUAAGGAACAGAAGAAAAAAGACCCCAUGAAAGUGUUGACUGUUUGAGCUUUCUUUAGACCUGCUUUUCGUUUCGUUUCAGAUUAAUUUGUCACUUUUGUGUCCAAAAGAAUCAAAAGAAAAAGGCAAAAAAGUCCUCAGAGGUUCCUAUCUCAACUGCUGGUAUUUGAGAGCCUUAAAGGACAGUUGUAACUGGGCACUGCCACCUGCCAGCAUCCCCCUUGGGGGGUCCUUUGCAUGCCCACGGCCAUGGGGCAGAGGGAUGCUUGGGGCUCACUCUGGUGCGAGGUUGUCCCAAAGCUGCUUCCUUAGGGUGUUGGAGGAGGUCCUGGAUAUCGCCUGGAGGAUGGUGGUUGUGCAUCAAUGGUGGUUGUGGUCCGGUGGAAGGGGAGGAGUGGCUUUAAGUGUCUCUGAAAGCAGCAUGGGUCCUGCCGGCUGCGUUGGUGAGAGCAUCUUGGGGAGCUUUGGUUUGAGGGAGCCAAAGGUGUGGGGUUUGUGGUGGUUGAUAGGGAAUGGUGGGACCCUCACCAUUGCUGGUUGGAGGGAUGGAGAUGGGUUGCUAAGAGCAUUCCUUGUUGGCAAAUGAGGGCUGGAAGCGCUGCAAGAGCAGAGUCUAUUGGCCUGCUGCUUUGCCAGCAGUGAUGCUGUGGGAAGCGCCACCUGAACAUAAGGAAGAACAUUCCUGUGAGGGUGGCACUGUUGGAAUAGGUGCCUGCAGAGGUUGUGGAGUCUCCUUCCCUGGAAAUACUCAAGAGCCAUCUGGAUAAAACCCUGAGCCAUGUGCUCUGGGUGCUUGAGCAGGGAGGUUGGACCAGAUGGGGUAGUCCCUUCCCUCAUCCAUCCUGGGAUUCUGUGGGUGCCCCCUUGGCCGGGCUGGAGGGGCAGGUUAGUUUCUUGGCCAUGGUGGGCCCAGGUUGAAUUUGGGGGUCCUUGGGGGUCAUGCUGGCAGUGCUGUGGUGUGGCUGUGCUCUUUGGACUCCCCUUGUGCUGUGGCUUGGCUCUUCCCACCCUAUAGUGAUGCUGAGAGCCCGUGGUGUGGUCCUGGGGAUGGGUUCCCGUUGGCUUCCUCCUGGUGCAGCUUUGGGGUGUCUGUGGUUUGCUCCUCCAAAGGAUGCCCCCAGUACCCCCCCACCCCUCCAGGGUCCCUUUGCUCUCUGAUGGGUGGUGGUGGUUGAUGAGGUUGGCAUUGCAAUGCUGCCUGCAGCCUCUGGUGCUCGUUGGUGCUACCUUUGCCUUUCAUGUGAUGAUGCCCAGUGUCCUUAAUCGUGCCAGGCAGCCUGUCCUUCCUCCCCCGGGCCUGGCCGGGCUGGCCAUCCCUGUCUAACCCUACCUAGGAACUGGGAAAGGCAGGGAGAGGCUGGGAAGCAGUCCCAGGACUCUUCUUACUGGUGGUAUCACCCAUAAGGUGAAGCAUCCCCUGCCCUGAGCCUGCGUUCUGUGGAGCUCCUGGGGUCCCUCCCUGCCCUCCUCUGCUCACAUUGCCUUUUCUCUUCAGUCUGGGGUUCAAACCCAAGUGGAGUCCAGCCUGGAAGCACCCCCAGUGUCCCCAGGAGCCCUGUGUCACCCCCAGGGCUGGGGGACAGGGAGCAGGGGAAUGGAUGGUGGCAUCCCCCCUGGGCUCCCUGCUCCCGACCAAAGCGCACAACAAGCUGUCCUUUAGGAAAGCAACGGGAAACCGAACGUGGACCCGGCAAAAGGCAGAGAUUUAAUAGUUUUAAACCAUGAAAUGGGGAAAAAAAGAUGAUGAUAAUAAUGAUAAUAAUAAUAAUAAUGAUAAUAAUCGGGAGUCCUGAUGACCUUUCUGUGAUUGUUUCAGACUUGAAGCAACAGGCCAGCGUGCCUGGCCGACCGCCCUUUGAGCGUGUAAAUAUCCUGCUAUUUCCUAUUUUAAUGGUCUUCAGAUUUAGUACUUGUAAAUAAACACACGCAUCAAGGAGAGAUUAAACAUUUUUGCUACA